AUGAAGGCGCACUUCAGACUUGUCGGCCCUGGGAGUAUGCUACUGUUAGCAGGCAGAAAUGUUGCCACCCCCGCUGUGGUAGCAGCUGCUGUUGCUUGUGCUUCAUUAUUGGUGACAGCCUCACAAGAACCAGAGGCUGCUACGGCUGAAACAGCUGCUGCAACCGACCCCAGCGCUGCAGCAGCAAUGGGAGCAGGCAUCGCUACGAGCGAUGACGCGCCGGCGUUCCCGCCGUUGCCUCUAGCCACACCAGAGGACUCUGUGGACUUACCUCUUGACCAAAUGCAUUUUAAUUGGGGUUCUCCCCGUCAGAUUCACCAAAGAGCGGCAGCUUUCUCCCUUAGCGCUGCCCUGAUCGCUCUCGCCACCGUCGUGUACGUGGUGCUGCGCUGCAGCAGGUUUCUGCCCCGUCACCAGCGCAGCGACUCGAAAUCCGAAUUGCGCUUCACAACAGCUCGCUCGUUGGCGGCAGAGGAUGCAGAUGAUCCGGAGGAUCACGAAGACGAAGAAGACCCCGGCGAGGACGGGGGAGCUGAUGAAGAUUUUUUCGAUGAAGACUUUUGUUACCAAGUGGAAAACGAACUGGUCUCCCGCGUGUACAAACAGGUGCACCGGCUGUCGCUCAGCGCCUCCGAAGCUGCGGCUUUGACCGAAGUCGAAGCCCAGAGAGUGGCGCUGGCGCAGUCCCAGCUGCAGCGGCUGCAGAGCCUUGUCAUUCAACACGCCCAAGUGCUGCAAGACUACGAAUCAGCAGCAGAAUUCGAAGCCAAGUUGCUGGACAAAAGAAUAGCAGAGCUGCCUCCCGGGGCCGAGUUUCCCGAGAGCGUGCUGCGGCUGCAGCAGCAAGUGCUGGCGGACAAGCGGCGUCUGCAAGCCUACAAGCGGGACUUGAAAGAUAUGAAGCACAAACUCUUCGAAGCUGCCUUCACUCCUCUUCAAAAAAAAAGAGCUUCGUUGAUUCGGGCCAAACGCGUGUUCACGAGGCUAAGUGCUUCUUCAGGUGCUGCUGCUGCACUUGCUGCAGCAGAAGUUGUACUGCGCGUGUUCCCCCCCGGCCCCGAAACCUACCCCGGCGCCGACGCUUCCCACGUCGAAGUGCUUCCUGAAGGACAACAGGGGCCUUCUUUUAGUGCUCGAAGGUACUUGGAAUCAUCUCCGAAGCCUCGAAGUUCAUUUUCCUUCAGCUUUACCACACCGCACCAGCUGCCGCAGCAACAGCCACAGCAACAGGCGCAGCAGCAACUGCAGCACCAGCCGCAGCACCAGCACCCGCUGCAGCCGCAAACCAACCCGUGGCACUACCCGCAGCACCAGCACCACCAGCUGCCGCACCAACAGCAACAGGUGCAGCAGCAACUGCCGCACCAGCCGCAGCACCAGCCCCAGCAGCAGCCGCAGCACCAGCCGCAGCACCAGCUGCAGCACCAGCCGCACACCCUGCCGCGGCACCGGCCGCAGCACCAGCCGCAGCAGCGGCCGCAGUCUCACCCGCAGCAGCAGCCGCAGCAACAGCCCCACCAGCAGCCCCAGCAACAGGCGCAGCAGCAGCCCCAGCAGCAACCGCAGCACCAGCCGCAGCAGCAACCGCAGCGCCAGCCGCAGCAACCGCCCCACCAGCAGCCGCAGCACCAGCCUCACCAGCAGCCGCAGCAACAGCCGCAACCCCACCCGCGUCGCCAGCUGCAGCAGCAGCCGCAGCAGCAGCCGCAACCCCUGCCGCAGCAGCAGCCACAGCAGCGACCGCUGCCCCUGCCGCGGCAGCGACCGCAGCCCCUGCCGCGGCACCAGCCGCAACCCCACCCGCAGCACCAGCCACAGCAGCAGCCGCAGCAGCAACCGCAGCAGCACCUGCAGCAGCAACCGCAGCACCAGCCGCAGCCCCAGCCGCGGCAGCGGCCCCACCAGCAGCCGCAGCCCCAGCCGCGGCAGCGGCAGCGGCCCCACCAGCAGCCGCAGCCCCAGCCGCAGCCCCAGCCCCAGCAGCAGCAGCAGCAGCAACCGCAGCACGAGUCGCAGCAGCCGCAGCAGCAGCAGGAGCCACAGCGGGAGGUGAAGGUGCAGCAAGGCCACUUGCCGCUGCCCCAGCCGCGGCGAACGACGCAGGAGGUGCAGCUGCCGCAGGAGGAGGCAAAGACAGAAGAGGGCAGCGAAGAAGCUGCUGCUAAAAGUGAAGAAAAAUCUGAAGAAGCAGAGGCCGCUGAAGGCAAACGAACAGGCACAAGGCGGAGGAAAGCAGCAGCGCAUGUAAAACAGAAUGCUGAAUCCCUGCUGGCCCGGCACAGCGUUGGUGCUGUGCCUCCUUUUCCUUUAGAAGCAGAAGCAGCAGCGACGCAGGAGCAGCAGGAGCCAGAGGUGGACUACGCGCAGCAGCAGCAAAAUCUGCUGCGGCUUGCGAAGAAAGACCUUGGAUGCCUGCCUCAGGAACUGCAGCAAGACGUAUCUACAGCUUCUUCCAUUUUGUCGGCGCUGCGGCGAGAAGUGGGUGAACAGAGAGAUCGGCUUUCGCGGCUCGAAGAAAAAGCUGCCAAUGAUGAGAAAAAUAUUAGUGAAAAAAUUGCCAUUUUGAAGGAAACAACAACGCCGCAAAGACCCACCAGCAACCCUAUUUUGCAGCAACUACUGCGGCACCAGGAACACUUCGGUGCGAAACGGCGAAGAAUCGAAGAGGAAAAGAAGAAACUGGAGGAUCUUAUGGGGAAGUUGCAAACUAUGAAAUAUUCGCCGCACCAAGAUGGGCGCACGGUGCUUUUGUGGCUGCAGCACGCUGGUGGAGGUCAGCAAAUUUCAGUUGCUGCUGCUGCUGCUGUUGCAGCAGCAGAGGUUGUUUUGGGAAGGUAUUCUGGGGGUUGCGAGCUGCAGGCGACUGCCGAGGAAGCAGCAGCUGCCUCUGGACUCUAUGAUCACUUGUGGGAGAGAAUGAAAUCCUCGCAUGCCCGCCUACAGGAACUCAUAGCGCAGCGAAAGGAAACCCAGCAGUAUCGGCAGCAGCAGACACUGGGGCACCAGCUGCGCAGCGAAGUUUCGCGAGCAAUAAGGGCCAUAAGCGAAGCCAGCAAGGUGAACGCGGGGUCUCAUGCUGUGCAAAACCUGGAUCCGCCUGGGCCAGAGUGGAAAUCGCUUUUGUUUGAACUGACCCUAGCAACUUCCCAGCUGCAGCAGGAGCAGCAGCGGCAGGAGGAAGAGCGUGCUGCGGAGUCUCAGCGGCGGCGGCGGUGGCUGGAAGGCGUGGCCGACGCAGCAGCCAACAAGCAGCGAACUCAGGCACUUAUCGACAAACUCAAAAGAAGCGUUGAUGGCGCGAUGGAAGUGUUGAGCCAACUCAUGCACGGGUCUUCAGGCCAGAAGUCUCAGUCGCACGGCGAAGCGCUUCUCGACAUCAAAACUGUCGAGACAGUCUUCAUUCGAAAUGGAGAGGCGCUGCAGGGAGUGCAUGAAGGCAAAGGCGAAGAUGCAGACUUGGAGUUGUGCCGUGCACUUGACGGCGCUGUGCAGACCUGCCGCAAAGCAAUGGAGUUGCUGCAAAGGUAUUUGGAUCCUCAGUGGGAGGGGCGCAGCACGCGACUGCAGCAGCAGCUGCUGAAGGCAGCACAAGAAGUCAGCGCUGCAGCGAAGGACUGCGAGGACCUCAUAACUACGACUGCCCCCGCUUCUUCAAAGGAGCAGCAGAGGCGGGCAAGACUUGAGGAGACAUUCCUUAGUGCUGUCUCUGUCUUUGCAACAACAGAAGGGAUGGCCACUACUGCACUCACUCAGCUGCAGCGUGUUGCUGCCUUGGCUGUGGCGCCGCAGAGGCCCUCAACAGCAGCAGAAGGGCUCGAGAAGGUCAUGAAGAAAACCAAGGAAGAAUUCACGAGUGCUGUCUAUACAGUAGGAGGGGCCUGGAAUCGGGCAGUGACGCAGUUGUCCCGACAGCAUUCAUUUUCCAAAGGAAAGGAACAGAAAGCAGCAUCAGAAGGGGACAGUGCAGCAGCAACAAAGCAUGGAACGGAAGCAGAACAGGCGCAGGAGGCAAGCAGAGCUUUGCAAACACACGCAAAGACGCUUCUCAAGAAAUUGCAAAGCGCUGGGGCUCCUAGAGAAGCGCUUACAGCGCUUUAUGAAGCGUCGAAGGAACCCAGCCAUCGCUAA